ACAAGCAAGAAAUAUGACUUGAUUUUAAAGCAACCCCAAGCAAAAUCAUUUCCUGCCUCUCUAAUCACUCUGCACUUACCAAAAAGCAAAUCAAAGCUGCCUAUGUAAAAGAAACUUCAAAAAGAUAAGGAAAUCCCUUAAACAAAUACACAGAUUCCUCAGCAUUGCCAUGUGCAUAAAGUUUCCAAAUUUUCAAGCCUACCUCAACAUUUACACAUUUCCUCAACCAUCCAAGUAAAGUAUCUGCAAUUUGCUCUCUGCUAUAUUCUUCCCCAACAGUAUUCUUCUCUCUCAUUUCUUCAUCUCUCCAUCUCAGUCGUAGCCAUGGCUUCUCUCUUCUUGAUCACUCUCACUUAUUUUUCAACAUUGAUGCUCCAUCUAGCUUCUGCUAAUGUCGUCCAUGUAAACCCCUGCCGAUCUUACUGUGGAAACAUCACCAUAGACUACCCUUUUUCACUCCAAUAUGGCUGUGGCCACCCUGGUUUUCGUGACCUUUUGUUUUGCAUGAACGACGUGCUGAUGUUUCAUAUUUCCUCAGGAUCAUACCGUGUACUAGAAAUAGACUACGCUUAUAAAUCACUUACUCUACAUGAGCCUCACUUGUCAACUUGUGACACUAUCAUCCUCGGCUGCAAGGGAAACGGCUUCUCUGUUGAGCCGUGGCGGUCACCCUACUUCAACCCAACAGCAGAUAAUGUGUUCAUGCUCAUAGGUUGCUCAGCUCAAUCACCGCUUUUCCAAGGUUUCCCUGAGAAGCACUUGCCUUGUCGGAACGUUUCAGGCAUGGGCUGUGAGGAGUACUUUGGGUGCCCGGCCUGGAGUGUAGUGGGUCACAGGCAGGUGGGGUCGAAGUUAGGGUCGGGCCAGCCACCGGAGUGUUGCGCAGUGGCGUUUGAGGCCAUUAAGGCAAUAAAUCUGAGCAAGCUCGAGUGUGAAGGAUAUAGCAGUGCUUAUAGCCUUGCACCAUUGAGAAUUGCUGGGCCUAGCGAGUGGUCCUAUGGGAUUCGUGUGAGAUAUUCUGUGCAAGGGAAUGAAGAAUUCUGCAGAGCAUGCGAGGCAACUGGUGGCGCUUGUGGGUAUGGCAGUGAUGGAGUCAGGCAGCUGUGCAUGUGUGAGAAUUUCAAUUCAACAUCAAAUUGUGAUUCAGUGAGUUCAGCAACAAGCAGCAGAACAUGGUACAGAGGGAGCACACUAGCAGGAUAUUUGCUGGGUAUGUUAGCGUGGGUAGCUUCCAAUCCUAGUUAAAGCAAAGAGCCAACUCUACAGUGUCAUUUGAGCCCAGCAAUCUUCAGCCAGGAAGGCAAAGAGUUUUUUUUUUUUUUUUUAGAAAAAGACAAAUGGUAUUAAGUGGAUAAAUCAUAUGUGAAUUUUGUGAUUGAUUAUUCAAAAUUUUUUUAUAUUUAUUAUCUAUCAGUAUUCCUCCCA